CACAACAGAUUGAUAAUGUUCCUGAAAGCUUAACAUACUGAGAAGUACUUGUUGCUUCUACAAUGUUGACGCUUCUACUUCUAAAUCUGGUCCAUAAUAGCAGAAUGCAGGAAAAAAAAACAAUCUUUGAUGGAUAAAAAUGUGCGUUUAACUUUUUUCAGAUACUCAACACAUCAGACAUGAGCCUCCAGGUUUGUCACUGCGGCUGGUCCAAAUGUACGACCUACCAUGGCCUGAGAACCCACCAGGGGAAGAUGGGAUGCACUCAGAGGGGUGUGGCGGUUAAAGAGAGUGAACAGCAGCAGUACACGUGGGAUCAUGUGGGACUCACAAACAAUCAAAAGUACUUUGGGCUGGAUGUCUACGCCCCUAUCAAGACUGACUACUAUUCAGACCCGAGCCUCCAGGAGUGUCACUGUGGCUGGUCCAAAGUUACGACCUAUCACGGUCUGAGAACCCACCAGGGGAUGAUGGGAUGCACGCUGAAGAGAAUGAGGAUCCCAAAGAGUGAGCCGUGGAACUGGGAUAAUCAGUGGGAAGAAGUGGAUCAAAUGAAACAUCAGCCAGCGAAGAAAGUGACUCUCAAGAAGGAGAAACAGCCGUUGCCGCCAAUCCCCAACAGCCACACCAUCUCUGCAGAUAUAACAGGCACAAUCAAAGUGGAAUACAAAUCUCUUGCAACUCCACAAAGCUUUUCCCAAAGAGCCACAAAGUCAGAGUGGAGGGAUUUCUCCAACCAUCCACAGGUGAAUAGGUCGGACAGGGAGCACCCAACACUAACGUACCCUGUAAAAGUAGAUCGACCUCAAAAGAAAGACUGGGAGGACCAAACAUUAUCACAGAUAUCAGACCGUGAAGAGAUGACAAGAAAUUGGAACAGCGACUUCCGUAGACACUCUGCAACAAGAUACAAAUUCGGGGGGGUUGCCCCCGGUGAAUAACAGCUCAUUCAAGACAAUACUUUA